GGCUGUAGUGCACACCUCCUAAGACAAGACAAUGCCGUUCUAUGCGUUGAAGGGCGUGGCGUACUUCCUGGGCCACCCGCACCUGUGGAAGCAGGCGGCGUUCCCGCUGCUGCUGACGCUGGCCUUCAGCAUCUUCUCCGUGUUCCUGCUCUUCGCCUGGACGCUGCGUCCGCAGGAGAGCUGGAUGGCCGAGAAGGGCCUGCCCUCCGUGCUGUCGUGGAUCUUCGCCGUCAUCUUCGUGAUCGUCGAGAUCUUCCUGGUCACGCUGCUGUACGCGUUCCUGGUGCUCGAGUACUUCAAGGACAAGGUCUUCGCCUACGUGCUGCGCGAGAAGGGCUACGCCGCGCUGGUGGACCGCGACACGCAGGAGUCGGCCGUUGUGCGCGUGUGCACGUCCUUCUUCCGCCUGGACGCCAUCUUCCACGUAAUCCUGCUCAUCGUGUCGCUGCCGCUGCACCUGAUCCCGGUCAUCGGCAGCAUCGUGUACGCGUGGCUGCACAGCACCUUCAUGGCCUGGGAGUCGCACCUGUACUACUUCGACCUCAAGGGCCUGGGCUUCAAGCAGCAGCAGCGCUGGAUCAGCCAGCGCAAGUUCCAGUACUCGAGCUUCGGCUUCCAGAUGCUGCUGCUGCAGAUGAUCCCGCUCGUGGGCCCGCUCUUCAUCUUUUCCAACACGUGCGGCGCGGCGCUGCUCGCUAUCAAGAUGGAGCGCGAGGGCGGCGACAAGUGGGUCGACGAGGAGGACGACGAGGCCCUGCUGGCCAACAAGAAGGCCCCCUACGGCACGGUCUAAAGUGCAAGUUUUGUGCAAGGGUAGAGCCUGGCAGGCUGGACAGUAGGAAGGACAUAAUUGCCAGUGAAUAAUAAUUCCCAUUAACUCUAAGU